UGUUUUUAUUCGUUUAUUUAUGAUCAGAACUACUUUUUUGCAGAUUGCCUAAAAAAAAGAAAAUACAAAAUGAAAAUUACGUCUAUAGUUUUAUUCCUUCAUCCAUUUUUGCUAUUUGUUACUACUUUUGCUGAAAAUGAAAAAAGUUUUUCUGGAAAGCAAGCUCGACAAGAUGACGGAGACUCUUCAAUAAAUUGUUUGAAAGCGUUUGAUGAAUGUAGAGCUGAUCAAAGUUGUCGAACAGCAUUACAUGGAUUAAACAGAAAGUGCAAGGUUGUUUCUGAACGUUGCAGUGCUGAAAUGGUUGAUCUUCCCAGAUGUGGACAAAUUAUGGAUCAUCUUUUUCAGUAUGGAUUUCCAGAAAACAAAUGUAAUUGCGACCAGAAACGCUCAGAUCGCUGCCUUGCUAUUUUGGAGAAGAUAUAUGACAAUCCAUGUUUCGUAUCCAUACGACAUCUUCGCAAAUACAAUCUCUUCCCGAAAGCAGUGGACGCGUACGACAUUGCUUCCUCAACGGUCGCUACAAUGACGGUCACUACCGAAAACAUAAAUUUUAAAAAAGGAGAUCAAGAUAUUUCAUCUUUGUACGACGAAGUUAUGGAUGAUGCUCCAAAAUCUGCGAAAAAACAGAACGAAAAAUCUAAUUUUGACAACAUUAAUCAAAAAUCAAAAAAUCAGCGAAAUACAGUUUCUCAUAAAACGAAAAAUAAAGAAUCGACAGCAUCCACAAUUGGUCCCAAAGGGGAGAUUAAAACAGCAAAACAGGUCAAUAAUGAAGAGGAAACUGAACAAAAAUCAAGAGGAGCGACAAAGGAAAUCACGAAACAUUUUUCUCUUUCCGAAGUUACACAAACAACAUAUCGACGUCGUAAACAAGACGAAACCGACUAUAAAUUGAUUACAAUAAUACUCGGAAUACUUCUAGGAAUCUGUGUUUUUAUCACUGUGAUAUACUUCGCUUGGGCCAGAUUGACCGGCUCAAUUUUUUACACGAAAUGUAAAACGGUUCACAGCGAGAAUCACCACGACGAUGCAACAGUCAGUACUUCAGCUUCGAAGCAGCCUUGUAUUACAAAAACGGAAGAAACAAAUUCGGAACAUUUUUAUUCAAAGGCGUGAUACUUGCGUGCUAUAUGUUAUUAAUGUUUUUUUAUUAUAUAUAUCUACAUUAGUUCAAAUCGUGUGGUUUUGUCUUUUAUUGCCACCCUUUAUUGGCCAUAUAUUGCCGUUUAAACAUAUUCUGUCUGAACUAUACCUAUAUACAGGGAUGCCAUAAGAAUUGAAGCAAAUUAUACAAAAUUUUAAAUUAAAAUAGUCGAUUUUAUUACUAUAUUUGUAACAUUUGAAACUUUUGCAUUCAAAUCAGAAUUUAAGCUAAAUUUUACAAAGUAAAAUCGGGCAAUACAUCAAUUUAGAACAUUCGAAAUCGAAAUGCUAUGCAAAGCGAAAUUCUAAAAUAUAUAUCAAAUAAUCCGAUCGAAUAAAGACAUCCAUCCUUGAAUUUACAUAACGUUAUAUAUUAGUAAAAGGCUAGAUGUAUUUUCAAAACCGUUUCACGAUACAUUCUCCUUAUUUUUAAGCUGUUCUCGCUGAACCCUAGUAAGUAACUAUGACGGUCUUACCAUGCCAUGAAGCGUAUCCAAACUGUUCAAAAAGACAAAACAAACGAAGUUUACUAAACUUGACUACUCUUAUAGGCAUUUCCUUUGAAAAUUUCUGUCGAAUGACUCUGUUCUAAGGUCACAAAAGGGCUAUGGUGUAUAAAAUGGCGCACCUUCGAUUAUAGCUUGAUUUGAAUAAGUUACUUCCAUAUAUCUUCUGCAUGAUAAAUUAAUCAAUAUUCACAAAUUGAGUAACACACAAUUGGGCAAGACUGAAUUGUUUUCAUAUUAAUUCUCUGGAAACAAUUCAUACAUGAAUAGGUCAAAGGUGCUUUCAUACCAGCACUAGACCAUAUAUCAUUUUUGAAUGAUUUGUCGUCAACUUCUAAUUAAUGAAAUUCAUGUUUAAGCAUUGAAGGUGAAUACGUAACUUGCCAUUACUGCCUGUAUCUAAUACAGCCCCAUCUUAUUUUUGUGUUUGUAAUGCUCUCUCUGUCGCAUUUAGCCCACAUUAUUUUUAUAUUCGCACCAUGCUUGUUUAUUUACUUCAACAGUGUAUGUUAGUAUUUUUCUUCUAUUUUUUCCCAUUUUAUUUUCAUUAUUCCAUUUGUUGAGAUUUUAAUACAAUUAAAUUAUUUCAUUUUCAUA